AUGGCUCCCAACGAAAGCGAAGUCCGGCUGUAUCUCGGCUUCAUCGCGCGGCACCAGCAGGACGCGGAAGUCAGCUACAAAGUCUCUCUCUUUACGGCGCAGAAAAACCUACAGACCGGAAAGGAGGCACUCACGAGAUUUUUUGCGUAUAACAAGCUCAUGCCCCUCGAGCUCGAGGUAAACUCGUACCGAUACGAGAAUGUGGAGCACCCGGCGAUGGUGUUCACGUCGUGCGUCGCCUUGGGCAACCUUCCACCGGAAACCACCGUCAAGCAUCUCGAUGCCUUGUUCCAGCAAGUGUUCCUCUCCAAAGAGGGCCACAAGAACAAGUGGCAAACCGAGGACUGGGCGCAUAGCGCGAUCCAGAUGCUCACCAAGGAGGGACUCCUGGAAGAACUUCAGGCGGACUUCUGGCUGGUGUGGGGGCGCGGCUACACCUUUGCCAACGCUACUAAAUUCGGUUAUCCGGCUGUUCCUGUCUGCAACGUCUCGGGCCAACCACUUGCGUCUGAGUGGCCAUUACCUGGCAAAUCUACGUUGUAA